GCUACCGUUUCAGCCAAGUAGUCGCGGAUAGUCGCGUAAAAACACAUCUAAGUAUCUAACCCCCUAAGCCCUAGCGUAAUACAGAUCUCUCGCUUACAUACUCCGCCGUCGCCGUCGCCGUCGCCGUCGCCGUCGCCGUCGCCGUCGCUUACAUACUUUCCGGCCUACAGCUACCACACAGAUCUGUCGCCGUCCAUCUGUCUCCGUCGUCGGACAACACCACCGUCUCCGUCGCCUCCUCUGAUCUGUCUGCGCCUUCAGAUCUGUCUCCGUCGCCGUUGCCGUCCCCGUACGUCGCUACGCCUUCAGAUCUGCUUCUCUCCUUCUCUCUUAAGAUAUGGAUCGAAGUUGGAUGUAUGAGAAACGCACUACACUUAAAUAUAUGCAAGGGGUUCAAGAGUUUAUACAAUAUGCUGAAAAAAAUAAAAGUAAUAAAGUGGAAGAAUUUAUAGUCUGCCCGUGUUGUGAUUGUAAAAAUUUGAGAGGAUUUCGUACUUCUGAGCAAGUGAAGAGUCAUUUGAUACGCCGUGGUUUUAAGAAAGGGUAUAGUCGAUGGGUAUGGCAUGGUGAAAACUUACUUCCUAGUAUAAGUGCUACCGAGAAUGAAGAUCAUGUAAACAGUGGAUCUCAUGAAGAAAGUGACACUCAUGCAAAUAGUCAAACUAAUGCAAAUAAUAAAGAGAAUGAUGAAAAUCGUGCUAGCAGUGAUGAGAAUGAUGAAGAUAAUGACCGAAUGGAUGAAAUGAUGCAUGAUGUGCAAGGAGAUUUUAGUGAAAUGCCUCCGGAAUUUAAAAGAUUGUUUGACAAUGUUGAAAAACCUUUGUACUCUGGAUGUACUAAAUUUACUGAGUUAUCUGCUGCGCUUAAAUUGUAUUAUUUAAAAACAAAGAAUGGAUGGAGCGAUAAGAGUUUCACUGGAUUAUUAGAAUUACUAAAAGACAUGCUUCCUAGUGAUAAUGAACUUUCUAAUUCAAUCUACAAAGCAAAGACAACAAUGUCUGAUCAGUCUGCAUCUACCCCUGCUUCAGACCCUACAUCUGCAUCUACCCCUGCUUUAGACCCUACAUCUGCAUCUACCCCUGCUUCAGACCCUACAUCUGCAUCUAUCCCUGCUUCAGACCCUACAUCUGUGUCUGCGCCUAAAAGAAGAGGCCCCAACACUAGAGGCCCCAACGCUUGCAAAAAUUUGAAGAAGAAGAAGAAGACAGAAGAUGUUUCAAUUGAAUUUGAUGAGUACAAUAGGCCAAUCGGACCAUAUUCGAAACAAUUUGUGUCUUAUAUUGGGAUUUCGGUUCGUUCUCAAGUAGAUAUCAACGUCAAUAAUUGGCGUAGUGUAGAUCAAUGCAUUAAGGAUACGAUUUGGAAAGAGGUUAAGAAAGAGUUUGCUAUUCAAGAUGAUUCCAAGAAGAAUGUGGUGUUGAAAAUUGCAUCAUCGAGGUGGAAAGAUUUCAAAAGUAGAUUGCUACGUGAAUAUGUUAUCAAUAAGCACCCAAAUUAUGAAUCACCCGUACAGGUUUAUGACUACUUGACUGAAGAGCAAUGGGCAAGAUUUGUUGCAGAACGGGAAAGCGAGCAAUUUAAGGAAAAAAGUCAGAAGGCGAGGGAACGACGGGCGUUAAAUGAGCAUCCACACUUCUUAGGUUCUGCUGGAUAUGCAGGUAAACGGCUAGAGUGGAUGAUAUCAGAUCCUCUAUCUUCACAACCUUCGUGUGCAUCUAUUAGCUCUUCCUUGGUGUGUGAGGAUCGUAGUUUUGAUUGGGUACGAGCAAGAGUCAAAAAAUCAAAAGAUGGAAGUUAUUACAUUCCGAAUGAAAAAACAAAGGAAGUGUUUCAUAAAAUUGUAGACAAAUGUGAAGAAGUUAGUCACGGGUCAUUUCAACCGAAAAGACAUCAUGAUAUAUUGUCAGCAGCUCUUGGUAAGGAAGAUUAUACGGGUUCUGUAAGAGGAGUUGGUUCAUACACCACCAUACGGGCUGUGUUUGGUAAACCAGAGCGAAAACAAGUUAUUACGGUUGAUGAUGCCAAAAAAUUGAUAGAGAAAUGCAAGCAAGAUACAGUGGCAAAUGUGCAAUCCAAGAUCGAUAUCCUCAACCAGCAACUCAAUAUUUUGAUGAGGAACAUGUCGACGAAUCAUCUACUUCCACAAGAUGCUAUGGUUGGCACUCCUCAAAGUGUCCAUGUGCCUUUUGAUCCAUCUCCUAUCCGUAGCAGUUCUCAUUCAAUUGAUGCAUAUCCAAUUACUACAAUUAAGGAAAAUAUCAAAAUAAGUUCACCAAGGCAAAAUAAAAAAAAAUGAAAAUCAAAGUGGUGAACGAACUAUUGGUACACGACCUCCAAUUGUUGGCGAUGAUGUUUUACAAUUCUUGGGAGACAAUUGCAAGCAGUUAGUCAAUUUAUUGGCAUUUUUACCUUUUGGUAAAGACUACAUUGAUUUGGAGAUAGAUCAAAUAAUCUUCCAUCAUAGAAACAUGGGUUAUAUUUAUGUGAUGAUGGAGGAUAUACAGGAUUUAUUGACGAUGAAUUGGCUUGACGUCUCAAUUAUACAAGUGUUUAUAUUAUUUCUUAAUCGAUUAUGUAAUGAGUUUGGAGUCACGUCAAUCGGAUUUGCGUGUCCAACUCAGAUUUCAGAGGAUAUGGUUAACUUAAAUUGUGCUGCCGUUACGACAUAUCUCAUUCAUGUCAUGGACCAGCACAAGAAUGAACAAUUCAUUUUAGCACCAUAUCAUCAAAAACACCAUUGGUUACUUCUUGUGAUUUGCGUAUGCUCAAGAACCGUAUAUGUGUUUGAUCCCAAGGCUUGUAAUCGCACCAUUGAAGUUAAA